CGUUUCUGUUGCUACUUCCAAAUGUGAGAAAUUGGGUCUCCAGUUUGCGUCACUUUCUGAUGAUAUAUUUGUGAACAAACCAUCAAUAUACACAGUAUACACAACUUUCGCACAUGCAUGAUGACCAGACUGCGGUGAAGAAGAGUGAUUUUCACAGAGGCGUGGACAUUUCAAAGCAAUAUAGAAUUUGAAAAAUCAAGAUAUGAAAGGCAACAAAGUUGAUGAAGGUGUCGAAAUGACAGAGAAUGGAAACCCACCAUCUUAUGAAGACGCUGUCAGUCAGACAGGAGAUAACAGUCCUGCUGUUCUACCUGUCACUACCAUACCUAGUAAUGGUGCAUCAAACCAUGCUGUAACUGUUCAUGAUAACAAUACAGAGCAAGAUAAAGAGCAAGAACCCAAAAAAAGUGAUAAAGAUGAAGAAGUGAAAGUAAAGAUGGUUGGAUUUGGACAACUGUUCCGGUUCGCAAAGUGUUUUGAUAUCUUUUUGUUAGCUAUUGGUCUCAUAGCUGCUUUCAUACAUGGGCUGACUUGGCCUCUUAUGAUUAUCGUUUUUGGUGGUAUGACAGACUCAUUUGUAAGUUCAGGAACAGCUCCAAAUAUGACAGCACUUAAUGAAACACAAUUGCAAGAGCUUUAUGACGAAGCUAUAGAUGGAUUCUUGGAAGAAAUGAAUAUGUUCACUAUAUACUUUGUAAUCAUUGGUGUUGGAGCAUUUAUAACAAGUUACAUACAGAUUACAGCGUUGGUAUCAACAUCAGAACACCAAGCUUUUGCUAUGAGAACAAGUUUCUUUGCAGCUGUAAUUAAACAGGAGAUUGGUUGGUUUGAUACCAAUGAAUCUGCAGAGCUCACAACAAGACUAUCAGAUGAUAUCAACAAGAUCAAAGCAGGAAUUGGAGAUAAGAUGGGUUCAUUUGUUCAGUUUUUUUCAGCAUUUCUUGGUGGAUUUAUUGUUGGUUUUAUUUAUGGUUGGAAAUUAACACUGGUCAUCCUGGCUGUGAGUCCACUACUUGCAGUAUGUGCUGCAUUGAUGACAAAGAUGAUGACUGAUAUGACAAGUUCCGAGUUGGAUUCUUAUGCCAAAGCUGGUGGUGUUGCAGAGGAAGUAUUAUCAGCCAUCAGAACUGUGGCUGCCUUUGGUGGUGAAGAUAAAGAAAGUAAAAGAUUAUUGUCAAUCUCGUUUAAGGUUUUCUUUGCUGUGUUGAUUGGUGCAUUCUCACUGGGGAAUGCAGCACCUUCCAUUGGGGAUAUCGCCACUGCUAGAGGUGCAGCUGCUACUAUUUGGGAUAUCCUUGAUUCGAUUCCAUCAAUUGAUAGCAGUAGCAGUGAUGGUGAAACACCACCUAUAGAGGGCAAUAUACAGUUUGAAGAUGUGCAUUUUCAAUACCCAUCCAGACCGGAUGUCAAAGGUUAUAACACACUUGUUGGAUCUCGUGGUGCUCAGUUAUCAGGUGGUCAAAAGCAGAGAGUAGCCAUUGCUAGGGCUUUAGUGAGAGAUCCAAAAAUAUUAUUACUGGAUGAAGCUACAUCAGCAUUAGAUACAGAGAGUGAAGCUACAGUGCAAGCUGCUUUGGAUAAGGUUGGUUAUAUCACUCUCUAUUAUGAGGACAUGGAAGAGAUUGAUUUUAAGCACAAACUAUCAUCCUCGGGAAGCCUUAAACGUAAGGAAUCUGAUAGAGGAUCAAAGAAACAUUUAAAAAGAACAUUAUCGACAAAUUCUAAAACGACUGAUGAUGAUGACGAGAAGGUGGAAGAUGAUAAAAUACCUGAAGUUGGAAUGGGACGUAUCAUGAAAAUGAAUGCACCCGAGUGGCCUUACAUUAUGAUAGGCUCCCUAGCAGCUAUUAUAAAUGGUGCUGUACAACCUGCAUUUGCUGUGGUUUUCAGUAAAAUAAUUGGUAUAUUUUCAAAUCCAAAUGAAGAUGAGAUUAGAGCUGAUGCCAAUUUCUUCAGUUUGCUGUUUGUUGUUAUAGGAGUGGUGUCUGGUUUAGCUUAUCUGUUACAGUCUACAAUGUUUGGUAAAUCCGGUGAAGAAUUAACAAUGAGGCUUAGAAGUCUGACAUUUCGUGCCAUGCUAAAACAGGAAAUAUCUUGGUUUGAUGAGCCCAAAAAUAGUACAGGCGUCUUGACAACCAGAUUGGCAUCAGAUGCAUCAUUGGUUCACGGGGCUGCUGGUAUACGUAUUGCUACGGUUAUAUCAUCUGUUGCCAAUAUGGGUACUGGCAUCAUCAUAGCCUUCGUAUUUGGUUGGCAGAUGACCCUUGUUGUCUUAGCAUGUGUGCCUUUUGUAGCUGUGGGUGGUGCUAUUGAAAUGAAUGUUCUUAGCGGGUAUACAAACAAAGAUAAAGAAGCUUUGGAAGAAGCUGGAAAGAUUGCAUCUGAAGCCAUUGAAAACAUCAGAACUGUUGUGUCAUUGAACAGAGAGAAGACUUUUAAUAAACUAUAUCAUGAUUCUUUAUAUCCACCAUAUAAAGCUGGUCUAAAAAAAGCUCAUAUCUAUGGAUUAAGUUUUGGUUUCUCACAGUGUAUGAUUUAUUUUGUGCACGCUGCAGCCUUUCGCUUUGGUGCCUGGAUGAUUGAAUUAGGAGAAAUGGAUUUUGAAGAUGUAUUUCUUGUGUUCUCUGCUAUUGCAUUUGGUGCCAUGGCAUUGGGUCAAGCAAGUGCGUUCGCGCCUGAUGCAACCAAAGCUAAAUCAGCAGCUAAUAACAUAUUCGUGAUGUUGGAUAGAGAACCUGAAAUAGACAGUUCUAGCACCGAAGGACUGAAACCAGAAGUAUGUAACUCUGAAGUUGAAUUCCAGGCGGUUAAGUUCCGUUAUCCAACAAGACCAGAUGUACCAGUAUUAAGAGGAUUAGACAUGUCUGGUAUGGUGGUAAGUUGGUCUACCUUACUCUAUUCCCUGAUAAUACAGAGAUUAUAUGAUCCAUGGGCAGGUAUGGUGAUAUUAGAUGGGCACAAUGUAAGGGAUCUAAACAUCCAGUGGUUGAGAUCUCAGAUUGGUAUUGUUUCACAAGAACCAACAUUAUUUGAUUGCUCUAUUGCUGAAAAUAUCGCCUAUGGGGACAAUUCCCGUGAAGUACCCAUGGAAGAAAUCAUUCAAGCUGCAACUAAUGCAAAUAUUCAUAGUUUUAUUGAGAGUUUGCCUCUGGGAUAUGAGACAGGUGUAGGGGAUAAAGGAACUCAGUUAUCAGGUGGACAGAAGCAAAGAGUUGCUAUUGCCAGAGCUUUAGUCAGAAAUCCUAAGAUACUUCUACUGGAUGAAGCAACAUCAGCAUUAGAUACAGAAAGUGAAUCGGUAGUACAAGAAGCACUCGACAAAGCCAGCGUAGGUCGUACAUGUUUGGUCAUUGCCCAUCGUUUAUCAACUAUUCAAGAUGCUGACAAGAUUGUUGUUAUACAACAUGGUAAAGUAAUAGAAGAAGGCAAACACAAUGAUCUCUUGAACAAAGAGGGCGUUUAUUUCAGGUUAAACAACACACAAGUUAUGACCUGAACUAUUAUUAGUCUUUCUGACAUUGGUUUUUAAUAGUUCAUUUUAAAACUUGGAUUUGCCUUCAGCUGUGCUCUGAUUUCAACUGCAUGUGCUGUUCUGCGUAUUUUUCCUGAGCAGUGCACUUUUAAUUCUUUAAUUUGAAAUUAUUACAAAAUUGAUAGGAUAGUCACAAAUUGUCCCAUCUAACACCGAGUUUUGUGUGUAACCCAAAUAGUGGGAUAUUUACAAACUGUGCUCAGGACUAACAGUGUUUAAUAAAGUAUAUACCACUAUCCUGUAUUUAACUACCAUAUUUACUCUAUUCUCCAUUAAAAGCAUAUAUAAACCAUAUAUACUAAAUCAUUAUAUUAUAAUUUUACCAAUAAAAACACACCUGUCAUGUACAUAAAUAGAGCAAAUACAGUAUUUUGAGACUGCCUAUUCUCUGAAUAUUUGACUUCUAUUGGUGUGGUGUGAGCUGGACAACAGUCAUGAGUUUGCAUUUUGUUUCAUAUUCGGUACAGAAUGUUUUUGUUUGUUUUUAUUUUGCAUUUCUUGCCUAAAUGUCUCUCAAUUCCUGGCUACUGAUAUCAAAUUGUGUGCACAUACUGCAUAUUUUUACCUUCAAUUAUGUGCUAUCAUUACAAUACAGAAUGUAUUGUAUUGUAACAUGUGUACAUUGGUAGUCAUGUAAGGUAACACAUUGUACUGUACUGAAAAUCUCCUAUUACUGUCAAAUACUUUAUUUGAGCUGGUAUUCAUUUUCCCUGAAAGGACUUUUUGGCAUUGAUUUUUGAUGAGUUAAGUAUAAA